CAUGAUUGGUUCGGUUUGCCCACAGCAGGCUCUUCCAUUGGUCAAACAAAACAUCAAUCUGGAGCAUUCGAAGUCUUACAACUUCGAAACUUUUUUUGCGUUGCGAAAGGGUCAAAUUACAAACUCCUGGCUGUAACCGAUCUCAACAGACAGAGAGAAGAAAACACUUUUCAAUUAUUUACAAACUUGUACCUGAGACAAAGAACAGUUGCAUGGUGGACAGUUGGAAAAGUGUUUCUCGGGUGAAGACGAAUAUCUGGGAGAAAAUGUUGUGAGCGUAACUAUGCCACGGAAUGCCAUAAUGAAGACGAGAUUUUACCAGGAGUGAAUUGACAAUUGUAUCAAGACUGCCUCUGUGAACCACUCACGCCUUGCAUCCGGUUUGAAUUGAACGAAAGAGCUCACCAUGGACUCCUUCAGUACCAAGAGUCUGGCUCUGCAGGCGCAGAAGAAGCUCAUGAGCAAGAUGGCGUCCAAGAGCAUGGCCAGCCUCUUCAUCGACGACACCUCCAGCGAGGUUCUGGACGAGCUGUACCGGGUCACCAAGGAGUACACGCGCAACCGCAAGGAGGCGCAGAAGAUCAUCAAGAACCUGAUCAAGAUGGUGGUCAAGCUGGGCGUGCUGUACCGUAACAACCAGUUCAACGGAGAGGAGCUGGUGUUGGUGGAGAGCUUCAGGAAGAAGGUCCACACCCUGGCCAUGACGGCCGUAAGCUUUCACCAGAUCGAGUUCACCUUCGACCGGCGGGUCAUGAGCGCCAUCUUGAACGACUGCCGCGAGCUGCUUCACCAGGCCAUCAACCGCCACCUGACGGCCAAGAGCCACUCCCGGGUCAACCACGUCUUCAACCACUUCGCCGACUGCGACUUCCUGGCGGCGCUGUACGGGCCAUCCGAGGUGUACCGGGCCCACCUCCAGAGGAUCUGCGACGGGGUCAACAAGAUGCUGGACGAAGGCAACCUCUGACCCACCACCCCCUGUCCCUGACCCUGUGACCUUUCAAAUCCCCCGAACCCUAUCUCUGAUCCCUGUCGUGACCUCGACCUUUGCUGCGUCCGGGCCCAGUUCGCGACACGUGAAACGUCACCAUCUUCCUCGGCUCCCUUCCGAACCUGUUUCAGUUGCAACAGGAAGAGAAAGAUGUACAAGCACAGUGUUUGAGGACGCUUUUACUGGUUGGGUUUGAUGUUGUUGUUUGCCUGUCAGACAUUAUUGUACACUGAAGGAUGCUCCUAGCUAGUCAAUCCAAAGCCUCUUUCACGCUUGUCAUUAUAUUUGGAUGGAAAGCCUGAGGUUGUAAAAUGCAUGUUGGUUUAGUUUAAAUUCUAUGCAGUCAACCAACAGUGACUUAACACAAGGGCUAUGAAGUCUCUUUGCUUUUCAGAUCAACUGCUCUAAGUUCCACUCUGGAAAAGAUCUAAGAUGAUUCAAAGGCCCACGCGGUUUGGAGUUAGAAGGAAAGGAACAUGGGUGGUUUUGACAACUUCGACAUCCUGACUGGAAUCCGGAACUGGGUCCAGACAGGAGUUGUGACCAAACCCAAAAAGCACAGUUGAGAAUUACUAUACCAGGAUAUUGUGAUAUAACGACCUAUUUUCUUUUUAUAAUCCAAAGCUUAACAGUUGCACUUUCCAACAUCACGCCUCCAGUCUCUAUUGUUGACGCCACACACAUCCAAGUAAUAUAACAGAAGCAAGUCUGAAACUCUUAAGGUCUAAUCUCUGUCAAGAAAGUGUUUGUGUUUUGGGUCGGUGCACUUAUAAACCUCGAUUGGCUUCAUAAUCAGUCAUUAACAGCCGUCAGCCAGCCUGCCACACCAAAGAGGCGUAAAUACACAGGAAGUAGAUUGUAGAUUGGAGCUGUGUUGACUCAGCUAGUAGGCAAACCUCAUCAUGGCUAAUGCUGACCUCAUCUGAGCCAAAGGUAAACAAACCAAAGAAGAAGAAGACUUCUGCUACUGAUCCACAAAACGAGGAACAAACAAUACUGUACACACACAGCUGGUUUUAGACGAACAUGUACUAUGUUUUUGAUCUGUUUACCCUGAAUGUGAAAUCAGUAAACACAUUGUUGAAGGUAAAAAAAAGGAAGGACAGUUUACCAUGAAGAAUAUAGCUGUAACACUCCAUAAUACUGUAAAACCCCUUUUUAUAUGUCCAUUUGUUACAAAGACUCAAGAUGUAUGUCUUCAGCCCUACAUACAUUUACAUGCACUUAUUAUAUAUUUUUUUGCAUUGAAUUGCCUUUUCUUAUAAUUUUUUUACCCGAAAGAUUGAGCUCUGGGCUAAAUAAAAUGUGCCUCAAGUAUCUGUGUGCUGUUCCAGAUCUGUAGAGGCAGAGUAGGGGAGGUGUUUGUGGGUCAGGUACUUUAGUCCUGGAACUCAUAGCCGGUGGUCUUGAAGCCGGCACAGGGUUUAGCAGAUUAGACCAGAGAGAACUGAAAGACCUGAUUGGCCACUCCACAAGAGCCCCCCCAACCCCCCCAGACCCCCCUCUCACCAACUCCACACCACAGAUAGUUAAGCAUUUCAGCCCCCAAUGAAAGGCGAUUGAGAUCUCGGCUCGAAUGAAGUCCUUUUUUUCAGGAGUGAAGAUGGUCUCUCUCUCUCUAUCUCUCAGUUUAAUGAAGAGUAGAAUAGAUUGUUCUAGUGAACUCCCACCUCAGCGCAUAAUGGAUGUUCUCUCUCUUGUCUGUGUGUUUGUGUGUGGCUGAGCGUAUCUGGGAGAUGGAGUGAUUGUUCCAGUUAGUAUUCUGUCUGCAUGCCCUAUCUGAGAUAGCUGCAUGUAUAGACUGACUGACAGUCUGAGGCAAAGAGAGCUGUUUUCCUCCUGCAUCUACACGACUGUGUCCUUCUCUCUCUCUGCUUCCUGACAACGAACAGCUCGCUUCUGCAGCUCUGCCAAAAAAGGAGUGGAGUGUUUGCAAUCAGGAAAACUAUCUUCCAAAGAAAUUAGAAAAACUAGAAAAAACUAGUCUGCACUUAGCGAUGAUGAUGAUGAUAAUGACGAGGAUGAUCGUGAUGAUUGUUGUGACUUCUUACUUCACCUUUCCGUUCUGUGAUUAUCUAGUUUCAGUAUGUAUAUUUUUUUAUGUUUUGAUGCUCAUUUCAAUCCUGGUGGCGUUUGGUGGAUAAAAGUAAAAGGUCUGUGGCUUGAAUGGUAUGAAUCCCAUACGUUGAUUAAGCCUGGACUAGAAUUCAAUCAGUAGGUAUUGUCUAAGAAAAGGGGUUGUUAGGUCUAGACUAGGCCUAAAUCGUGUCUAGACUAGGCCUAAACCGUGUCUAGACUAGGCCUAAACCGUGUCUAGACUAGGCCUAAACCGUGUCUAGACUAAGCCUAAACCGUGUCUAGACUAGGCCUAAACCGUGUCUAGACUAAGCCUAAACCAUGUCUAGACUAGGCCUAAACCGUAUCUAGACUAAGCCUAAACCAUGUCUAGACUAGGCCUAAACCGUGUCUAGACUAGGCCUAAACCGUGUCUGGACUAAGCCUAAACCAUGUCUAGACUAGGCCUAAACCAUGUCUAGACUAGGCCUAGUCUGUGACUGUUUUAUAUGUUGUAGCUCCCAGACUCACUGUGUCUCAGGGUACCGUCUCAAUCUCAGAUCCCUGACCUGGUCCAGACCCACACUGAGGGAUCGUAGUGUGAACUGCAACACAAUACGUUUAUACAUUUUAUAUCACUGCAGCUGAAAAUGAAUGGAGAUGGUUAUGUUGUGUGUGUAUAUAUACUCGGUUUGAUUGUGAGGUAUAUUUUUUAUUUUUCACUAUACUCUUAAUGUUCAGCACACAUGAUGUAUUUGUUUCAAUGUUUUCUCUGUACUAGAUAUACAUACCCUAUGUCACACUGUAUUCAACAAAUAAAUACAAAUACUCCUUUUUUAA